AUGAAAACGCAAAAAAUUCAAGAAUUUAUAAAUAAUGUUGAAUUGGAUGCAUUUGAAAGCUCUGAAGUUUCACAUUAUUUUGGAAGUCUCCCUUCUCAAAAACAAGGAAACGAGUUUAAACUUGCAUUGUUAACGAAACUUCUUUCAAGCUUCCGAAACACAUUUAAAGAUAUUUCAAAUUUAGUGAAUAAUGAGCUAAAUGAAGAAUUAAGUCCUGAAGAUUUGCAAACUGUUUUUGAAUCUAUGGCAAACCAAGUGCGACUUGAAUUUCCGUUGUCAUGCAUUCAAGAACCGCUAUCAAACCUUUCACAAUUAAUAUCUGCAAAGGAUUCGGAAUUCAUUGAAUUGUAUUCUGUUGCUAUUGAAUCACUGAGGAACUAA